UGGGCUUUCUUAAGAUCUGCCCAUCAUCAUCUGUCUCCUUUUUCCUUCUUCAAAUACUUCCUACUCCUUCUCAUACUCCUCCUACUCUCCCUCCUCUCAUCUGUCUUCUUUUCUUUUUUUUCUUCACCCACAUACCCUCUUCACAUCAUGACGACCGCUCCCCGGAUUAUUGUGGUCGGCGGUGGAUUGUCCGGUCUUAGUGCCGCCCACACCAUCUACCUCAACGGUGGAAACGUCCUCGUUCUCGACAAGCAGGCCUUCUUCGGUGGCAACUCCACCAAAGCGACGUCCGGUAUCAAUGGUGCCCUGACCCGCACCCAGGUCGAUCUGGGAAUCGCCGACAGUGUCAAGACCUUCUACGAAGAUACCCUUAAAUCCGCUAGAGACAAGGCUCGUCCAGACCUCAUCAAGGUCUUGACCUACAAUUCUGCUUCCGCGGUUGAAUGGCUGCAAGAUGUCUUCAACCUCGAUCUGACGCUAGUUUCCCGCCUGGGUGGUCACUCACAGCCCCGCACACAUCGUGGCCACGAUGCCAAGUUCCCCGGAAUGGCCAUCACCUACGCCCUCAUGCAACGGUUAGAAGAGCUCACCGAGGCGGAGCCCGACCGUGUCCAAAUCAUUAAGAAAGCCCGCGUUACCUCCAUCAACAAGUCCGGAAACACUGUCACCGGUCUUACCUACGAGUACAACGGCGAGACGCACACCGCUGACGGUGUUGUCGUCCUGGCCACUGGUGGCUACGCUGCCGACUUCGGCGAUGGCUCCCUUCUCAAGCAGCACCGUCCCGACACCUUCGGUCUAUCCAGUACCAAUGGCACUCACGCCACGGGUGAUGGUCAGAAGAUGUUGAUGGAGAUCGGCGCUAACGGCAUUGACAUGGACAAGGUCCAGGUGCACCCUACGGGUCUCAUUGACCCCAAGGAUCCCACGGCCAAGUUCAAGUUCCUGGCUGCUGAAGCCCUUCGUGGUGAGGGUGGUCUUCUUCUCAACUCGGACGGUGAGCGGUUCUCUGAUGAGCUGGGCCACCGCGACUAUGUCUCUGGACAGAUGUGGAAGGAGAAGGAGAAGAACAAGUGGCCCAUUCGCCUUGUGCUCAACAGCAAGGCCUCCAACGUUCUUGACUUCCACACUCGUCACUACUCUGGCCGUGGCCUCAUGAGGAAGAUGACUGGUAAGGAGCUCGCUAAAGAGAUCGGCUGUGGCGAGGCCGCCCUUAAGAAGACCUUCGACGACUACAACGCCAUCGCCGAUGGCAAGAAGAAGGACCCAUGGGGCAAGCGAUUCUUCCACAACCUGCCAUUCAGCAUCGAUGAUGACUUCCACGUGGCUCUGAUGGAGCCUGUUCUUCACUUCACCAUGGGUGGUAUCGAGAUCAACGAGCACGCCGAGGUUCUCAACAGCGAGAAGCAGCCCUUCCAGGGACUCUACGCCUGUGGUGAGCUUGCUGGAGGUGUUCACGGUGCCAACCGGCUUGGUGGCUCUUCCCUCUUGGGUUGCGUCGUCUAUGGCCGUGUUGCUGGUGACAGCGCCAGCCAGUAUCUCUUCAAGCGCUUGCUCUCCGGUGGCGCGUCCACCGCGCAACAGCGUUUGGGCCAGAUCUCGCUGCACAUCGACCCGUCCACCCCCGGCAAGAUCGCCGUCGAAUGGACUGGAGCCGGUAGUGGUAGUGGCCAAGUCCCUGCGGCUGCCGGAACUCCUGCUGACUCCGUCCAGGGCGCGAAGUCUAGCGCGACCCCCGCGGGUGCCCCGGAGACUGCCAAGCCCAACAACCCCGCCAAGUUCACCAUCCCUGAGAAGGAAUACACCAUGGAGGAGGUUGCUAAGCACAACAAGAAGGACGACCUGUGGAUCGUGGUCAAGGGUGUUGUAUUAGACGUGACCAACUGGUUGGACGAGCACCCGGGCGGCGCCAAUGCUUUGUUCAACUUCAUGGGUCGCGAUGCCACUGAAGAAUUCGCAAUGCUCCACGACGACGAGGUCAUCCCCAAGUACGCUGCUCACAUUGUCAUUGGCCGGGUUAAGGGACAGACUCCUAGCUUAGAGCUGUGAAUUGCGUGUUAGAGUCUAGUUUUUUUGUUUUUGGGAAGAAAAUGAUCUUACAGCCCUGUCGAUACAUACCCUAGUCAGUUUAUUAUGUCUCUUUUUGUGAUGCAUGUCUGUGAUGGAGCUUAGAUGUGUCUUUGUUUCUUUCUCUGGUGUUUGUAAAAUACAACCAGUACAUGUCAUCAAUGAUAUUAUCUCAUGGU